AUGGUUUCCCCCGCACCAUCUUCCUCACCCAUUCCCGACGGCCAUCUCAAUGGCACCAACACUCUACCCGUGCGGGCUGGUCCCAAGCUCUAUGGCAGUAACGACGGCGCUUACUCGGGAGCUGGCACCCCUAUCGGUUUCCAGCGACACCCACACAACAAGAUUCUCGAGAGCGUGGCCGGAUCGAGUAUCCGCCAACCUUCCCCGCAACCCACCCAUUUGGGACUUCCCGGAGGUAGUCCUCAUCGAAUCCUGUCCGAGGAAGAUCCAGGCUAUGUAGCCGCCAAGUUCGAGGGCAAAGAGAAGCAGAUGGAACAGGUCAUGGACCAGCUGGAAAAGAAGGGUUUCAUCCCCGUGGAGUUCGUUGUAGGAGAGACUGAAUGGUUCUACAACCAACUCGGAAUCGACGACACCUACUUCCAGACGGAGUCCGUCGACGCCAUCGUUACGCAAAUCCUGUCCUUGUACGCCGCAAAGGUUGCCGCGUACGCUCGAGACGAUAAGAAGCUCGAAAUCCGACUGGACAAGGAGGCCGAAGAUCACGCGGUUUACAUUGAUACCAGCAAGCCAGGUAUUUCCUCCGUCGAAGGCCCGCGGUACGAGUCGCGGAUUGAUAAGAAGUACAUCAACGGCUCGACCCCGGCGAACAGCUACCGAGUGGAGACUUUCCGCUCGCCCACCUCCAUUCCGGGCGACGAUGGUCAGCAGCUCCGUUGCUAUUUUGUCUACAAGUGUCAGUUCGCAAAUCCAAACCCAGACCCCAACGAGACCAACAUCGACAUCAUCGGCGAGAAGAGAUUUCUGCAGAAGGCAACCCCCAACACCAAGGCUAUCUACCAAGAGAUCAUCAGCAAUGCUGUCAGUCGCUCUGGUCCUGUCAUUGAAAUGUUCGAGAUCGAGAAGAGUCGCGAGAAGAGACUGGUCAUCGCCUACCGGCAAGGCUCCGCCAUGGGUCUCUUUAGUGCCCUCUCCGAUUUGUACCACUACUACCGCUUGACCAGUUCUCGGAAGUAUUUGGAGCACUUCUCCAAUGGGAUCACGGUCAUCUCGCUCUACCUCCGUCCGUUGCCUAACCAAGAAAUUGCCGCCAAGUUCCCCCCAAUCGAGGCGGCGAUUCACCAGAUCAUCAAGGAGGUCUCUCUCUUGUACUGCAUCCCCCAGAAUCGCUUCCAGCACCAUUUCGCAGUCGGUCGUCUCAGCUUGCAAGAGACGAUCUAUGCCCACUGCGCGUGGGUGUUUGUCCAGCAAUUUCUGAACCGCUUGGGCUCAGAAUACACGUCAUUAACCGACCUUCUGGAUUCAAACAACAGCGUUCACGCUGAGUUAUUGGCCAAGAUCAAGAAGCGUCUGCGUACGGAAACUUUCACUUCGGAUUAUAUUUCCGAGAUCGUCAACAAGUACCCGGAACUAAUUCAUAAGCUCUACCUCGACUUUGCCAACACCCACUAUGUACAGACCCGUGGCCCAGCCGAAGAUGACUUCCUUCCUACGCUGAGUUACUUGCGGCUGCAGGUUGACGAGGUCCUUGACGGCCCCAAGCUGAAGCAGCUUAUCUCGAGCACGGCUGCCAAUGAGCAUGAUGAAAUGGUCAUGAGCGCUUUCCGGGUGUUCAACGCCUCCAUCCUCAAGACAAAUUUCUUCACCCCCACUAAGGUAGCCCUCAGCUUCCGGCUCAACCCUCAUUUCCUCCCGGAGCAUGAGUACCCCCAGCCGCUUUACGGCAUGUUCUUGGUCAUCAGCUCCGAGUUCCGCGGGUUCCACCUGCGUUUCCGUGAUAUCGCCCGCGGAGGUAUUCGUAUUGUCAAGAGCCGCAACAAGGAAGCCUACAGCAUCAACGCCCGCUCCCUGUUCGACGAGAACUACAACUUGGCCAACACCCAGCAGCGCAAGAACAAGGAUAUUCCUGAAGGGGGUGCCAAAGGCGUGAUUCUGCUCGAUGUGAACCACCAGGACAAGGCUCGUGUCGCUUUUGAGAAGUACAUUGACAGUAUCCUUGACCUCUUGCUGCCACCUGUCAGUCCUGGUAUCAAGGACCCUAUAGUUGAUCUGUACGGCAAAGACGAGAUCUUGUUUAUGGGUCCGGAUGAAAACACGGCCGAGCUGGUCGACUGGGCCACAGAGCAUGCACGGAACCGAGGUGCCCCAUGGUGGAAGUCUUUCUUCACUGGCAAGAGCCCCAGACUAGGAGGUAUUCCUCACGACACCUAUGGAAUGACAACUUUGUCUGUCCGUCAGUAUGUCCUCGGAAUCUAUCGCAAGUUAAAGAUCGACCCCAGCACUAUUCGCAAGCUGCAAACUGGUGGUCCCGAUGGUGAUCUAGGCUCCAAUGAGAUCCUCCUUGCAAACGAGAAGUACACCGCCAUUGUAGACGGUUCUGGCGUGAUAGUUGACCCCCAGGGUCUCAACCAUGAUGAGCUCGUUCGACUGGCCAAGAAUCGGGUUACCAUCUCGGAGUUCGACCUGUCGAAGCUUUCUCCCCAGGGUUAUCGGGUUUUGGUGGAUGAGAGUAACGUGAGACUACCCAGCGGCGAGCUCGUCCACAAUGGAAUGAUCUUCCGCAACCUGUUCCACCUGCGCAAUGAUCAGCAGUACGAUACAUUUGUGCCUUGCGGUGGUCGGCCUGAGUCAAUCGACUUGUCUACCGUCGGAAAGCUAAUCAACGACGGCAAAGCCACCAUUCCCUAUAUUGUUGAAGGUGCCAACCUGUUCAUCACUCAAGACAGCAAGCUUCGCCUGGAGCGCGCCGGCUGUAUACUCUUCAAGGACGCAUCUGCCAACAAGGGUGGUGUGACAUCCUCUUCCCUGGAGGUCUUGGCUUCGCUGUCUUUCGAUGAUGCUGAGUUCGUGGAGAACAUGUGCAUUCGCGAGGACGGGACUGUGCCGACCUUCUACAGCGAUUACGUUAAGCAGGUCCAAGAGGUGAUCAAGCAGAACGCCACUCUGGAGUUCGAGGCCAUUUGGCGCGAACAUGAGCAGACCGGUAUGCUCCGCAGUGUGCUCAGCGAUCAGCUCAGUAUCGCUAUCACCAAGUUGGACGAAGAACUGCAGAACACCGAGUUGUGGGAUAACGUCGAACUCCGCCGCUCGGUUCUCCAUGAUGCUCUUCCCAAGCUGCUCCUGAACAAGAUCGGUCUGGACACUAUCCUCCAGCGGGUGCCAGAGAACUACCUGCGGGCUAUUUUCGGCAGUUACCUCGCCAGUCGAUUUGUCUACGAGUAUGGCAGCAGCCCGAGCCAGUUUUCUUUCUUCGAUUUCAUGACCAAGCGACUUGCGCAGAUUUCCCAAGCGUAA